AUGGUCCGGAUACCAAUAAAGAUGCGACUAGGCGGCUGUGUCAACGGAAUUUGCGAAGAAUGCGGUCGAAUAGACUUCAGAACCAUUUUCCAAUGUGAAGGAGAUCAGCUAUUGACCAAGACCGACAGCGAACCCUACUAUCCCAUCAAAGACAACUCGCGGUGCAUUCUUGGAAGAGUUUCUUUGAAGAACAUAGACACUUGUCCAUUAUGCGCCUUCUUUGACGACUGCUAUCCAGAUCGAACCCCUAACCAAAAGCUCGGGGUUUAUUCAGGCUCCCUCUCCGACAUUUGUGGAUAUGAUGACAUCCCGCGGAACUUGGAUUCGAUCGCACUGUAUCUCGUUGAAGGCGGAUCAGCGAAUACUUCCUUCAGAUCGCCGCUAAUUGUAGCACCCAAGUGCAUCAAUCAACCCAAACUUGCUGUUACUUCCGAGCAUGCGGAUGAUGAUGAUGAUGAGCAUUGCAAGCAUUUAGGGGGAAGAGAAAUACGACCAGAUGUGAUUGAUUACGAUGUCAUUCGCGAAUGGCUGGAUAUGUGCUCAUCGACGCAUUCUGGAUGCGUGGACGGACAUUUGUCGUUGAAUUUCAAGGACCUACCCGAAUUUCGCCUCAUUGACUGCUCGACGGGAACCAUGAUUCCGGCUUUUCAAGCUCGCGAACGAGAAUAUGUUACGCUCAGCUAUGUCUGGGGGCCCGCUCCGGUUGUUAGCAGCCCGACAAAACCCUUUGGUUUGCCGGACGAGUUGCCACAUGUGGUGGCAGACGCAAUAAAGGUGACAAUGAACCUGGGUUACAGAUAUCUCUGGGUCGACCGAUACUGUAUACCACAGGACAACGCCAAAGCCAAGCAGCGUCAGAUCCAAAACAUGGGAAAGAUCUACUCUCGCUCGGCGUUAACAAUCAUAGCCGCGGCAGGGGAAGAUUCAGAAUACGGGCUUCCGGGCGUCAGCUGUCGUAAGCGAAUCACGCACCAUCUUGCCCUCGACAAUGGUCGACUACGACUUUCGACCAUCCAUCUCGCAAAGUUCGACAUCACCCCUUCAAAAUGGAACUCACGCGGCUGGACAUACCAAGAAGGUAUCCUCUCUAGACGCCGUCUCGUUUUCACCGACCAUAAUGUCUACUUCCAGUGCGAGCGCGCCUACACCAGCGACGACAUCCGGCUACCUCUAACAGGGCGUUUCCACACUUCCAAUGCUCUGGAUCCCAACCACGAGAUCAUGCCUUUCCUGUUUUCCAAGGACCAGGAAACCAGUUCUCACGCUUGGUACACAAUUGGAAAAUUCGCGGAGCGAAAUCUCACCUACGACUCUGAUGCGCUGGACGCCGUUGCCGGCGUGCUUCACCGGUUCCCGCCCUCCACUGUCCGGUUCUUGUGUGGACUGCCAAUUACCGUUCACCCUGAGUGUCCUUCCCCGCCGCCGGAUACGGCAGGGGUACAGGUUCCGAAGGGGUGUCUUGCGAUGUCAGACUUACUGGUGUGUAGACGUACCUCUACUGAGAAGGCCUCCAAUAUGACCUCCAACCACAACAACCUCUAUUCCCAAAGCGACAUAGGCCGAGCCGUGCUCGUCGACGCCCUCCUCUGGCAAUGUAAAUGGUCCGCCACAGCCACCUCCUACUGGCCCCAACCUCACACUUCCACCUCCAACUCCCCUCGCAGAUCUGGUUUCCCCAGCUGGACCUGGGCCGGCUGGAAAAGCACCAACGAGCGCAUGAUCAAGUUCUCCGGUUCCAACUCGGGCUUACGCUGUCCAAGGAGUUGGGAGAGACCAGGCCGGGAUGGCACCAAAAAGGACAUUGAGUUUCUCCCGUGCACCAUAAGUGUCUCUCUCUCCGGAGUCUCUGGGGACAAGGGGGGUAUCCGAUCUACUAACAAAAAGCCAAAACCGUCCAAACGGCUCCUCAAAUGGCCAGAAGCCAGUAAACAGAUCCUCAAAUUAUCCGACCAAGGCAAGCUCACCAACAGCCGCUUAAUCAUCAAGGGAAGCGUGUUCGAUGUCAAAGUGGCUAUCAACAAGAGGAACGGCGCAGAUCUCCCUCCAGCAGGUAAAUGGAGCGAUGACGGGUGGAAAAUCACUUGGCCUUCCGCGCUGGCUGGGAGUCCCGUCGAGGUUCCCCCUGGUUUACUGGAGGAGUCAGAAACCCACGACCUGCUGGCGGUGCUUUUCAGACGAGGCAUAGCUGAUCUCGUCCCCGAGGGAUUCCUGGAUACACUACCAGCAAGGAAUCGGGCUAAAGUGGCGGCACUGUUGAAGAAGGCUUCGGAAGCGUCAUCGCUGCCUCGGGGUCGGAUUGAAGUGGGGUGUUUUUUCCUGCUUCUGCGCCCAGUGGAGGAGGAGGGUGUCGUCGGUGGGACGGUAGUAUACGAGCGGGUUAGUUCUUGUGACGCUGUUAUGUUGUUGAACCACAAAGAGGCUGUAGGAGAGCAUCAGAUGGAAGAGGCUGAUCGGUUACUUGGGGUUAGGACGAUGGAGGUGGUGAUACGUUGAUGUGAUGGUUGAGGAGGAGUUUAGCAUGGUGCUGUGAAUUUGCUGUGCGGGGAUCACCUUGACGAUAUCAAACUGUCUUCUUUUGGUUUUAUUCUAUUCACUUUUUCUUGUUUG